CUGGCGGCGGCGGCGGCGGCGGAGCGGGGCCAAGGCAGGGCGCGGACUGCGCGGCCACAUUGUUGCGUCCCUGCUAAGUCUGGGCGGCGGGCGAGUCCCCGCCGCAGCUACAGCUCCGCGGCCUGGGAAGGCAGAACGCGGCGCUUCUGCUCCUGGGGUCUUCUGAGCCCCCUCCCGGCUCCCGAAAGAUGGCAGGCAGUCUAUGGAGGAAGGAGUCCUGAGUUUCAUGGUUCGCCCCCUGGAUGGUGUCCUCACUUUGAUCUUCUCUAACUUGCCCCCACUCCUUCCUCCCAGCCCAGGUGAGGAGGGGCCCUGGACCAUGAGUCGCUACAGCUUCUCCAACCUGAUGGACUGGAUGUAUGGCGGGGUGGACCCCAGCUUUGAAGGCAAUGGGGGCCGUGAGUGUGCUGCCUUCCUCCCUUGGGAGCAGCGUCUGCUGGAGAGCGUGGUCUUUACCAUCAUGGGCAUUCUGGAGAUCCUGGUCUCUCUGCAGAAGAUCAGAAGGUCCACGGCCAGGGAAGCUGCUGACCUCUUGGCUCAGUCCCGGGUCAAGGGGGAAAGUUGGGGCAAAAAUCUCUUGCUGGUGACCCUCUGCCUGACUUUCGGACUUGAAGUGGGAUUCAAGUUUGCCUCGAGGACGGUCAUCUACUUGCUGAACCCUUGCCAUGUGGUUACGAUGAUGCAGAUUUUUCUACUGGCUUGUCCACCUUGUCAUUUCACCAUGAUUCUAUUCAGGUUGCAAAUGCACAUGCUGAAUGGGGCCCUUCUUGCUCUCCUAUUUCCUGUGGUUAACACCCGCCUGCUACCUUUUGAGAUGGAAAUCUAUUACAUUCAACAUAUCAUGCUCUAUGUUGUCCCCAUCUACCUGCUACAGAAAGGAGGUGUCUACACUCCUGAGCCAUCCUGGAAUUUUUGGUGGGCCUUGCUGUCCACUGGAUUGAUGUUUGUCUACCACUACAGUUUUUUACAGAUCUUGGGACUCAUCACUGAAGUGAACUUGAAUAACAUGCUGUGCCCGGCUAUUUCUGAUCCUUUCUACGGACCUUGGUAUAGAAUCUGGGCUUCGGGACACCAAUCCAUCAUGACCCUGUUCCAUGGAAAACUCAUCCUUCUCCUUUUCUAUAAUGCUGUCCCUUUCUUUAAGCUUGGUGUGGAUGUACUACGAUCUCCGGCUAAGAAAGUAUCCUGAAUCUCCAUUCUGGUUUCUUUCUUGAAGGAUCUAAAGGAGAACCAUGAUAUUUGGGAUUGGAGAAGAACACUUCCUAUAUUGUUUUCAAUUUCUUUCUUCUAUUAUGACAUCAGGUUUAUCUUCCCACUUUUCUGCUGAAUCUUCAUUACCUGUAGUUGGCAAGGAUGGCAAAACACGUGGGGUUAUUUACAAAAAGCCACAAGUAGAGUGCAACUACUGAUCUUGCCACCUUAGACCUUUGGAAUUUCAGAUGUCCAUCAUAUCAUGGAAAGCUGAUGGAAAGCACUAAUCCAUGUUCUUGUGACUUCAGUGGGUUUUUCUCCUGUGUGGCAGCUCUUAGGUUUUACCUUCAGCAAAGAACCUCUUCUUGUCUCAUAUAGACUUUGAGCGUGAAUAGUAUUUGGUGCUUCCACACUAUCAGUGCAGAUGGGAAGGCUGUUGGGUUGUUGAAAUUGGUUAAACAAUAACAACCUACUUGCCAAACACUGCCUCCUGAAUCUCCUGAAAGUUUAAGCUGAAGCCUGGCCAGAUGCCAUCAUAUCGCUGGCACCUUUCAGAUUGUUCUAAAUUAAUUGGUGAAAAGCAGCUUAAUUGCUGGAUUAAGAUUUAGGAGAUGGAUUUGUCUCAGUUAAAGGCAUUGACCAAGAGAAUCUGCCAAUUUGGAGUUGGACUUUAUGUCAUAGUUAAGCAUACUUACAUAAAUGUAUUACAUAUUGUACAUACAUGUAUUCAAUGUUAUGUCCACAUAUAUAUCAACUGCCCCUUCUAGGACACUCCAGAAGAAAGCAUAACCUUUCUUCGUCCAUGUUUCACCAUCUAGCAAGACUCUGCUAGAUGAGAGUCCUGCAGACCAACAUAUUUGGAUAUCCUUGGGGAAGACAGCAUACACGGAA